AAAGUAACCAUAGUUUCUUUCUCUCUCUAGCGUUUGUUACGAUGCACCGUUGAAUAUCCAACUCUAGUUAGGGUUCCAAGCGGUAAGGAAACUUCGAAAGAAAGAAAUCGAGAUUUUCUUUUCUUGGCUCCUCGAUUCGUCCGGUUGGAAGCUGCGAUGGAGCCGGAGGUGGUGAAUUCGGAGAUGCUGCUGCCGCCCGUUCUUCCCUUCAAGAGGGUACAGAUGUCGGACAAGUACCCGAAAGGGCACGCCCGAGGCCGCCACUGGAAGCAUCUCAAGCAGAUCCUCCAAGCCGAGAACUAUGCUUCCUACCCGGCCGACGAACCCAAUUAUUUAAAUAUUGAGACACCUCCAUCCAUAUACCCGUCAAAGAAAUUUUGUGAUAUAACAGGUUAUGAGGCACUGUACAUAGACCCGAGGACAAACCUGCGCUAUGCAAACCCGGAUGUCUUCAAGCGCAUACGAAUGCUUCCUGAUGAUCAUGUCCAAAGAUAUCUGGCUUUGAGAAAUGCAGCAGUCGUUUUGAAAUAGCAUUUGCCUUCAGUAACAGGGUGGAGACAAAAGAAUGUUGAUUUAGAACUUUAGCCUUCUUUUAGGGAAGCAAUGGAAACCUAGUGAGGUGGUGCUUGUAAUUAUGAUUUUAAUGUUCAAUUGUUCAUAGCCUUUGUAUAUUUGCUGGUAAGUUGCACACGAUGAAACUACCUCUUCAUAGCUAUAUGGGAUAGUUGAAGGGAAUGUUUUGUGCUUUACCGCAAGAAAUGCGCAUGGAGGUAGACAAGGUAACAUGAACAUGUUGAAUAGAGUAUUUAUCAAAUUUUGCCUUGGUGCCGUGUGAUCAGGGCCGAUCAUUGAAUGAAAGAAGCCAAAAAAAAGUUUUCAAUGUUCUCAGCUACUACAAGGCAAAUAUUCAGUUGACUCUCACUCCAGAGACUAAUCCAAAUGGAACACGUAAUAUUUUUCUUGAAUCAAAUUGUAGCCAUAUUUGUUUUA